ACUAUAAAUACCUUCUUCUUCUCUCCCCUCAAUUUCGUGCCCUAGACUCUCUUUCUCUCUCCUCAGCCGCAACAUGCUACCCCCACCUGAAUCCAUUUCGCCCUUCGAGUCAUCCCUCCACUCGCUCAAUUCCCGAUCUUUUCCGUCAUUAAUCCUCCGCUCCCCCCUCAAUCGUGUAAAUUCAACUCAAAUUUGACAAGUUCGUCGAGAUAUCAUUCUGUUCGUGACUAUUGUUAUUCAGAUGAAAAUAUUGCUGAGUUCAUUUGGGGUUUUGGUGAAGUGGUGUUUCUAGAGGUGAAUGGAAGCGGCGGUGGAGGUAGCUGCUCCGGCGGCGGUUGAGGUGGGGAGGCUCAUGCGGUCAGCCGAGGGUUUCGGCAGCGGUGGGAGUGGUGUUGUCGUGGUGGGGGAAGUUCGGUGCCAUACGGAGGGCGCAUGUAGCUCUGGAGGUUUAAAAGAUGACAUUCGCUCUGUUAAUUUGUCAGAACCAGCUUUUUGGCGUAACAUUCCGGAUUCUGAACCUUGUGUAGAGGUCUGCAAACCCUCCAGCUUGCAUGACAAUGAUGCAACUAAUGACCGUGUUUCAGGGAACACGGCUUUUCAUCCUUCAACUCUAGAUCUAGACGCUAAACUUGUAUUGCAGAAGUCUGGUAAAAUAGUAAGAAAUAGUAGUGGGUGCACUAAGAGAUCAGGGUUAUCACAGAUGGAAGUUUCUAAACCUAAACCUGGAUUACCUAAUAUAAAUGGGAUUUCUCCCGAGCUUGCUUCAUCUUCAGCAAGCUGCAGUCUUUCAGAGAAAAAUCAACUGUUUAAGCAAAAGAACAGUUCGACUAGCAGACGUGGGGAUAAAAGAAAUAGUAAAGUUAAACACAAGAAUAGAUGCGAUUCAUUCUCUCUGAAGAAUGGCUUGAUUGGCUUUAAUUCGGCUACAGGAGGAAAUAACUUUUAUGGAAUACAUGGUAUAAAACCUGAUUCUUCUGACAUCACAAAAUAUGUCAACGAGCUGUCUUUAGAUGAGCUACUGCAUGGAAGUUAUAGCAGUCCUAGUAUUGCUGAAGACAAAGGGGAAAAAGCCCCAAAGUCAAACAAUAUUAUUUUGGAGUCAGUUAGGAAGGCGUGCUCUGUUCUUCAAGCUCAAAAGGUCUUACAGGCCCAAAAUUGUGCUGAAGUUGAUACUAUUUGCACCCAAAAGGGUUCAACCAGCUUGGUUACUGUUAAUUCUGCACUAGGCCAAACUGAUGAUGACAAAGGAGAUAAUUGCGCUGCAGAUCUGGCACUCUCUGACAAGUGUGUUGACUGUAGUUCCAUUUUAAAGGUUCAAGACUCUGAUGUCAAGAUCCAAAUAUCUAAUGUUGAUUCCCCACUGUAUCAACCAAAAGACGUUUUUGAGCGUCUUGCACUUCCUCCACCAAAGGAUUUGGAUUUAUUACUGUCUGAUGCGAGCAAACCUACAUCAUCAAAAAGUACUGAUCCUCGGGUGGGCAAACCUGUUUCUCAGCGAACUGGCCUGCCGCCUUUUCCUUGGUCUCAUUCUUUUUCUGGGCAUAAUAAGGUGGGUUCAGAUGCGAGUAAGUUAUCCACAAGUCGAACAAUAUGCCAAGGUAGAUGGGUGAAAGUUAAAAAUUCUACCUUACUGCAGAAAGGUUCUGCUAAUUUACUUGCAGACUUUGAAACACUGACAUUUGACCAAAGUUUAGUUCCUUCAACGAAUCUUUUGUCUGAGGAUCGAGAAAAUGAAGUUGCUCCAGCUGAACGUGUUUUAUCAGCAUCUGGUGCAUGCUCAACUUCAAGUGUUCCUGCAGAUUACUCUGAGACAUGUGCUGCUGCCAAAACACUCUUAGACAUGGCUGCACAGUCCUUGAAGCAAAAUCCCUGUCCAACGGUUAAGUUGCUGAAAAAGCCAUGCCAGAUGGCGAUGAAAGCUAGCAAGCUGAAAUCAGUUGAGAGAUCUGAUAAAUUAUUUGAUGAACCUAAAUCAACUGUGAGAUCUACCAUUCCUUUAAAAGUUGGCAAUGAUGGGUCUCCCUCGAAGAAGCUCAGGCUCUCGACAGAUGUGAAACAAACUUACAUUGUUCAUGCUGAGCCCGUGAAGAAAGGACCCUUGCACUGGCCAGUCAAAUCCCCGCCGAGGAAGCUAUUUAGGGACUCAAAUGCAGGUACAAACAAUUAUGGUAUUAACCUUGUAAAGAAAUCGUGUAUGAUGAAACCACCAAGGGGCACAGACAGGCCUAGUAGUAGUCAACAGAAGUUCAGGAAGCCGUCCCAGUGAAGUGGAGUUUGCCUGGAAGGUUAGUCGGAAUCGUCUACCAGAAAGAGACCCACAUUUCUUUGCUCAUGUCCUGUUAGUUUAUUGUGGUGUUAGUGCCAAAUCAUGUACAACUGUUAGAUUUGUAUAUAGUGUCACAUGUAAAGAGUCGUGUUGUAACAUUUCAUGUCGGCCCUUGAGAGCCGACUCUCAAUGUUGUACCAUUACUUUGUAAGAUGGAUGGUGUCGAUUGCGCACCAGAACUCUACGUCGUCUUUCGUUGUUGUAGAGCAUUGUUUGGGAAAUGGAACACUUCCUUUCACUC